AUGAAGAACAUCGCUAUCGCUUCUCUACUCGUUGCUUCGGCUUCAGCUUUCCCUUGGGUUGUUGACCAACCUGGAGUUGACAGCUCCCUUCUUGGUGAGGGUCGCAAGGUCAGACGUCAACAAGCUGGUGGAAACCAGAAGGGUGGUGCUGCAAGCUGCCCUUUCAACGCAAACCACCAAGGUGCUGCACCUUACAACGACAAGUAUCCAUACAACGGUGCCAAGAACGGUGCUCCUGGAAAGGGCAUCGGUGGCUACCAGGUUCCUGCUCCUGGUGACACUGCCCAUCAGUAUGUCGCUCCUGGAGCCAAUGAUAUUCGUGGACCUUGCCCCGGCUUGAACGCAGCUGCCAACCACAACUUCUUGUCUCACGACGGUAUUACCACAUUCAACGAGCUUGUCGAUGCUCAACAGAACCUUUACAACGUUGGCUACGAUUUGGCCACACUUCUCGCCGCACUUGGUCUCACCCUCACCGAUGGUGAUCUUGUCACCGAGAAGCUCUCCAUUGGAUGCGAUGCCACUAGUAGAACCUCUUUCAGUCCCCUCCUUACUGGAUCUGAACCUGGUCUCGACGGCCACAACAAAUUCGAAGCCGACUCUUCGCUCACCAGAAACGACUACUUCCUUGCGGAUGGAGACAACUACUCUUUCAACGGCACCCUCUUCGGCAUGAUGCAGGACACUUGCCAGGGCAACUUCAACCGCGAGAACCUCUCCAAGUACCGCCUGCAGCGCUACGAGCAAUCUCGUGCCGAGAACCCAAACUUCUUCUUCGGUCCCCUGACCCUCCUGCUCUACGGAGCCUCUUCCUUCCUCUACACUCUCAUGCCCAAUGGAAACCACAACUACGCUCCCGACCUUGAAACCAUCUCUACCUUCUUCGGUGCUCAGCAGAAGUCCGACGGUACUUGGGAGUUCAACGGCGGCGAACGCAUUCCUGACAACUGGACCAACCGCGUCACCCCUUACUCCAACCUCGACGUUACCACUGAGAUUCUUGCCCAAUACCUUGAGAACCCUGUUCUCUUCGGUGGCAACACUGCCAAUGACACUUUUGACCUGAUCAACUUCGGCUCCAUCAAGGACGGAAAGAUAGAGGCUGGUCUGAGUGGCACCAACACUGCUUGUCUGUUGUACCAGCUCGUUACCGGACAGGUGCCUUCAUACCUUAACAGCGUUCUUACACCCACUGUUGAUGCUCUCAACUUUAUCACCAGCAAGGUCGCACCUGCCUACAACAACCUCGGAUGCCCUCUGGCUCUUACCUAA